AGGUUGCGCCUGGGACUGUGUCUGCCGAGCUCCACGGCUCUGCCUGUGUGAGUGAAGGAGCGGCGCGGGGAGUCAGGGGCCAGCGCGGCGGCGGGACGUGUACGGCGGCCGCGGACCUGCUGCGGCGCUCGGUGUGGGGAAGCAGCGGCAGGGACAGCGACAGCGCGGCAGCAGCGGCAGCGGCAGCGGCAGCAGCAGCAGCAGCGGCAGCGGCAGCAGCAGCGGCGGGCGCCUCUCCGCCGCCGGGGACGCCGAGGCGCGGUUGGUGGCACUGACAUCCACGGCCCUGCCUCUCCUCCCUCGCCCCCGGCCCUCCCCAUGUGAUCGGUCUUAAUCCCGGCAGUGUGCGCGCGUGGGGCUCCAUUCCGCGGUGCCCGGUCUCCGUGCCAGGGUGGGUGCUCGUGUGUGCGCUUCUCCUCCCCAUCCCCCUUCCCCAAGAAUAAAAGAACCGAGAGGCGUGCUUGGAAAAUAAAUAAAUAACCACCACACACGCGUGCCGGGACCGGAGUCGGCGGGGCUGGCGGCAGCGGCGGAGGAGUGAAGGCGGCGGCAGAGAAGGAGGAGGAAGAGGGACGCGCGGAGAAGGCAGUAACUUUAAAGCCAGCUCAGAACCCAGACCUCCAGCGGAGCGGUUUGCAGCGCGGCGGCGCUGAGUGUCUGGCCCGCCGGUCCGGUCGGGGUGUGCAGUAGGACGGACGAACAGCGCGUCGCUGUCCCCCGGCGGCUGGAGAUGUCCGAGCCCAAGGCAAUUGAUCCCAAGUUGUCGACGACCGACAGGGUGGUGAAAGCUGUCCCAUUUCCUCCAAGUCACCGGCUUACAGCAAAAGAAGUAUUUGAUAACGAUGGGAAACCUCGUGUGGAUAUCUUAAAGGCACAUCUCAUGAAGGAGGGCAGGCUGGAAGAGAGUGUUGCAUUGAGAAUAAUAACAGAAGGGGCUUCAAUUCUCCGACAGGAAAAAAAUUUGCUGGAUAUUGAUGCACCCGUCACAGUUUGUGGGGACAUCCAUGGACAAUUCUUUGACUUGAUGAAGCUCUUUGAAGUGGGGGGAUCUCCUGCCAACACCCGCUACCUCUUCUUAGGGGACUAUGUUGACAGAGGGUACUUCAGUAUCGAAUGUGUGCUGUAUUUGUGGGCCUUGAAAAUUCUUUACCCCAAAACACUGUUUUUACUCCGUGGAAAUCAUGAAUGUAGACAUCUAACAGAGUAUUUCACAUUUAAACAAGAAUGUAAAAUAAAGUAUUCAGAACGCGUGUAUGACGCCUGUAUGGACGCCUUCGACUGCCUGCCCCUGGCUGCCCUGAUGAACCAGCAGUUCCUGUGUGUACACGGCGGUCUGUCUCCAGAGAUUAACACUUUAGAUGACAUCAGAAAAUUAGACCGAUUCAAAGAACCACCUGCUUAUGGACCUAUGUGCGACAUCCUGUGGUCAGACCCCCUGGAGGACUUUGGCAAUGAGAAGACUCAGGAACACUUCACUCACAACACAGUCAGGGGCUGUUCGUACUUCUACAGUUACCCGGCUGUUUGUGAAUUCUUACAACACAAUAACUUGUUAUCUAUACUCCGAGCCCACGAAGCCCAGGAUGCCGGGUAUCGCAUGUACAGGAAAAGCCAAACAACAGGCUUCCCUUCUCUAAUUACGAUUUUCUCAGCACCAAAUUACUUAGAUGUGUACAAUAACAAAGCUGCAGUAUUGAAGUAUGAGAACAACGUCAUGAAUAUCAGGCAAUUCAACUGUUCUCCUCAUCCAUACUGGCUUCCAAAUUUCAUGGAUGUUUUCACUUGGUCUCUGCCAUUUGUUGGGGAAAAAGUGACUGAGAUGCUGGUAAAUGUCCUCAACAUCUGCUCAGACGAUGAACUAGGGUCAGAAGAAGAUGGAUUUGAUGGAGCCACAGCGGCAGCCCGGAAGGAGGUGAUAAGGAACAAGAUCCGAGCGAUAGGCAAAAUGGCCCGAGUGUUCUCCGUCCUCAGAGAAGAGAGCGAGAGUGUGCUGACCCUGAAAGGCCUGACGCCCACCGGCAUGCUCCCCAGCGGGGUGCUCUCUGGAGGGAAGCAGACGCUGCAAAGCGCUACUGUUGAGGCUAUUGAGGCUGAUGAAGCUAUCAAAGGAUUCUCACCACAACAUAAGAUCACUAGCUUCGAGGAGGCCAAGGGCUUAGACCGAAUUAACGAGAGGAUGCCGCCACGCAGAGAUGCCAUGCCCUCCGACGCCAACCUUAACUCCAUCAACAAGGCUCUCGCCUCAGAGACUAACGGCACGGACAGCAAUGGCAGUAACAGCAGCAAUAUCCAGUGACCACUUCCUGUUCACUCUGUUCUGUUCUUUCUUCCCUUCUUCUUCUUCUUCUUUUUUUUCUUUUUUGAGCUGCAGGGCAUGGUGGGGAUUGCUGCGUACCAGCAGUUGUAUGUUCUUGCCUCUGAAGGUAGCUUAUUUGCUGUGGGGGCCAGGAAUUGGAUUCAGUUUACACUAUCAUUUAAAAAAAAAAAAAAAAAAAAAGAGGGAGAGAUAGAUAAUAAACUAUAUUUUGGUGAGGGUGGUGAUUAAACACCUCUUUGGGGUAUACCUUUUAAAAAUGCUUAUAGGAAAAGCAAAUUUAAAAAGAAAGCCAAUGCUAGUAUAUACUGCAAUGUUAGGGAAUGAACUUGUUUUUCUCCUGCAUUGGGGACUCCUCCGUGGGUUAAUGCAAGGUCUUUUGUUAUGUUACUGGACAUGAAAACUUUGUCUAAUUUCUUACUCUAUUGUACGUUUACAGUUGCAGCACUAAAAAUGGAUGACAUCAAACAUUUUUAACAAAGUGAUGUACAAACUAAAUAAGGACUAUUUAUUGAUAAUGUUUUGCUACUCUUGUCAGACAAUGGCUAUAAACUGAAUUAGGCAGUCUUAAAAAAAAAAAACAGAAAAAGAAAAAAAAAAAAAAAAAGAAUGUUGCAAAUUUGUUAAAAUGCCAAAAAGGACAGUUUCAUUUUGUACAGAUUAAGCUUACCUCAGGUUUCUUUAGUGUGCUUGAAUGCCCUUCUUUCAAUAUAACACUUAUCUUAUUAAUUUUGCAACGAAUAUCUUUUCAUUUCUUUUCUUUAAGUUUUAAAGAACUGGAAUAAUUACAUCUAUCUUUUUUUGCUGUUUAUAUUUAGGGGUUUUGUUGAUAAAUCAAGUCUUGGUUGUGGCUUGCUGAAUUAAAUAUUUAUGAGUGGUGCAUUUUUAAGUAUAGUGAACAAGACACCAUAUUAAGUACAGUGAUAAAGCAUCUAUAUUCUGUAAAAAAAAAAAAUCUGCCUAUGCAUGUUUUUUAAGAAAAAAAAAAUGGCUGUAUCGGCCUGUAUGGGACUGUAAUGCGCUUAGUGGUCUGACAUAUACUGGAAAUGUAUGUAUACUGGCGUACUUUAUAUUCUCUAAAAUGCUUAAUGCCUUUGAAAUUUUGUAAUCAAAAAAGCUUUGAAAAAUCUAAAGGGGAGAGUAUUCUUAAAAGUUUUUAACAUAAGCUUGUCAGUGCACAUAUAGAUGGUUAGCAUGUUUAGCAACCUUGUGAAAUUUAAAUAAGUUUGUAGUUACAUGUGAAACUCUAAAUGCAUGGUAACUGUUAAUGUCAUAAUGGUUUAGUUAUUUUGUUCUGUUCUGUCAUGUGCCACAAACUAUGUACUUUUUUCACUUUUUUCCCUUUGUAUAUCAGUUACGGGUUACAACUGGUUCAUUCUGAAAACAACAACAAAAGUCCAUUCAUAUUUUUUAACAAUUGUAUAAGUGCCCAAGUAAUUCACUACAGCCUAAAGCCUUGCCUUUGUCAUUUGACUUCUGAAAUGUUGGCAAUCAAAGCAUGCACUUGUAACAAUGAAAAAGAAAAAGCAUUUUAUAUUACUACUCAAUAAAAUGUGCAUGAACUUAAAGAACUCUCACCCUUUCACUGAGUCUGCUGAAGGGAUUUCUGUGCACAACCACCAUGCUGUCUUCUAGGUGCAGGCCCACCCAUGCUCGCAGCCACUCUGACAGGCUUCUCCGGGGCCUCGUGAUCUAAGGUGUGGUGCCUGCUUCCGCUGUAAGAAACUUGGUGGAUUUGUGUCUCAAACCAGACAAGAGAAAUAUAUUUGAAGAGCAAAUGCCAUCUUCUGGCUCCCUCAAGUGUGGGAGCCAGUUAAGAAACCAGAGCAUUCCUUUUUAUUGGGGAAAAAAAACCGAAACCCACAAAAAAAACCCAAACAAUUUGUUAUCAGGUUGUUUCAGUUGUAUUGGAUGCCCUAUCUGCUAAAGCAAAAAGAACUAAGCUACUAAGUGCAUUUUCAUCACAGAAGAGAGUUGCAUUUGUAUUGAUAGAGAAUGUGUAUACCGGCGCUUCAGCUAAUAUCUAAUCACCGGAAGAUUUAAGAUACAACAGAUUUCAGUUUGUUUCUAACAUUGUUCAUUUUCAGUGCACUUUGUUUUAUGUAAUAAAGUAUGCCUAUUAUAUUAAAUAAUAAGAAUAUGACAAUUAGUGAUAUAGUGUACCAAAACAAAGAUGUUCUAGAUAUAUUGUCUGACAAAGACUAUCUCAAAUUUAUUUUAAUGAAUCCAAACUCCUCCCCACCCCCCGUGGAUAUUUUUCUGUCCUAAAAAAACAAAAUGACGUCCAAGGAAAAUAUUUAGAUGCAAUUUAUUAGAAUGAUAUAAUUAGAAUGGUAAUUCUGGUACUAAGGUGUUUAUUUUCUUUCAUAUAUCUGCAGAGAAAAUAUCCUGACAAAAAGAAAUUAAUUUUUUUGGAUUCCUUUCUUUUACAAAUUGUGCUGAGGCGACUAUGGUAUAGAAAUAAACAUUUGACAUUAAAAUAA